AUGUGUACGUUACAGUUAUUCAUCAGUAUUUGGUAUGGAAAUGUGAUAUUAAAUACCUGGUUGCUUUCCUGCAUUUACUGCCCGUUCAUCUGUUCUACUCCUUUUUUAUUCGAUUUUGAACUUCGCACUAUUCCUAUGGUAAACAUUUUGGCGGCUGUGCAGGUACGAAAGGAUUGGCCUGCCGCACCUCUCACAGACAGCGACAUACGCAUGGAUGACGCACACAAAUUUGUUCGGAUGCAGAUUAAAAACUAUGGUAAAAGCAUCCGAAACGUAAAUAUGGUGCCAGAAAAGCUGAGCUUGGUAUUGACACGUAUGAACACAUCUAUCGGACUAGUUUAUGAUUGCCUUAGGAUAAAUAGGUGCAGUACGAAAGAUAAACCGUGGCGGCCGUUCUAUUUUGUUAUAUGA